AUGAGCCUCUACUAUGGAGUCGGCGGCAUUACGUCGUUUCUGACCAUCGUGGGAGCGUACAUGCUCUUCACCGGCAGCGGCGAGUCAUUCAACGUCGGCGCGUUCUUAGAAUCAGUGUCGCCCUACGCCUGGGCUGACCUUGGCAUCGCUCUGUGCAUUGGCCUGUCGGUGGUCGGCGCCGCUUGGGGCAUAUUCAUCACUGGAUCCUCCAUCCUCGGCGCCGGCGUCAAGGCGCCGCGCAUCCGAACCAAGAACCUCAUUUCCAUCAUCUUCUGCGAGGUCGUCGCCAUCUACGGCGUCAUCAUGUCCAUCGUCUUUUCCGCCUUGGUCGACAGCGUCGAGGGCCCCGAAGCCUUUUCUGCCAAUGCCUACUAUACCGGCUACGCCAUUUUCUGGUCAGGCGUGACGGUCGGCCUGUGCAACCUCGUGUGCGGUGUCGCCGUCGGCAUCAACGGCAGCGGGGCCGCCCUUGCCGACGCCGCCGAUGGGUCGCUGUUCGUCAAAAUUCUGGUUAUCGAGAUCUUCAGCUCCGUACUGGGCCUUUUCGGCCUCAUUAUCGGCCUGCUGGUGUCCGGCAAGGCUUACUCCUUUGGUAAGACCUCGUAG